CUAAUAGACAGUCGUCGAACGGUUAAGUUUCUCAACGCUGCUCCGUAAUCGCACACGAAACAUGGACAAUAUGGCCAAUUUAACAACGUUUUUUAUGUGCCGUCGGUGUUAAAGAUGAUCCGCGUAAACUUUAUAUGUUUGUGAAAUAUGUUUCAGGCAGAUAACGAUAUGGCGGACGCGUCAAAGCCCAACAGACGAUUUUCGAUGCCGAUCAAUUUACCUCCUCCCCAACAGAGGAGGAUGUCCGUUCGGAGCUUUUACUGGGUUAUGGUUAAUCCUCUGAUCGAGGAGGGUGAUCGCGGCCUUUCAGAAAUGACCGCGUCCCUCGGAGCAGGUGGCGACAGUGGCGGCGAUGCCAAUAACCACAACCACGACGGUACGAACAACCGCAACGACGUCUACACGGUUUCAGUAACCGGAGCGUACGAUAACAAAGCUUUCAAAGGCGAUAGCAACAAUGCAGAACCAAAGAAACCACCUCGGGAGAUUUCCGACGAAGAAGCCUUCCAGCAGGGUAAAUUCAAAUUGUCCACCAAAGAGAAAUGGCGGAUACUCAAGAACAUUUCGGCCAUAUCGUGCGCCUUUAUGAUCCAAUUCACGGCUUUCCAAGGAACGGCGAACCUCCAAAGUAGUAUAAACGCAAAGGACGGUCUCGGUACUGUUUCUCUCAGUGCAAUCUACGCGGCACUGGUAGUGAGUUGCAUAUUCGUUCCUACUUUCCUCAUUAAAAAACUCACCGUUAAGUGGACAUUAUGUUUUUCGUUGUUAUGUUAUGCACCGUACAUCGCCGCUCAAUUUUACCCCAGAUUCUAUACGCUAAUACCCGCCGGUAUACUAGUCGGUAUCGGCGCCGCCCCCAUGUGGGCUUCGAAGGCCACGUAUUUAACCCAAGCCGCCGGCGUUUACGCCAAGCUCACCGAUCAAGCGGUUGACGGAAUUAUCGUCCGGUUCUUCGGAUUCUUCUUUUUGGCUUGGCAAACCGCUGAGCUCUGGGGUAAUCUCAUCUCAUCACUAGUAUUGAGUAAUCCACACGGAGGUGGAGGAUCUCACAGCACAAACAGCACGCCCGACUACAGUUUGUGCGGUGCUAAUUUCUGCGUUAAUACCAUCAACAGCAACGACAACUUGGAAAGGCCCGCCGAUAAAGAAAUCUACGAAAUAUCCGCGAUAUACCUGGCUUGCAUCGUAGCCGCUGUUAUCAUCAUCGCCGUUGUGGUAGAUCCGCUUACAAGAUACGGCGAAAAGCAGGGUAGACGGGCCAGCCAGCCCGAACUGAGCGGCAUCCAAUUGCUAUCGGCUACAGCCUACCAACUGAAGAAACCCUACCAGCAGCUACUCAUCCCCAUGACGGUAUGGAUCGGCAUGGAGCAAGCCUUCAUCGGGGCCGACUUCACCCAGGCGUACGUCUCCUGCGCCCUCGGCAUCCCCUCGGUUGGGUACGUGAUGAUUUGCUUCGGUUGCGUCAACGCCGUCUGCAGUCUGCUCUUCGGCUCGAUCAUGAAGUACGUCGGCAGGGCGCCCAUCAUGGGCCUGGGCGUCCUGGUGCACGGCGGUCUGCAGACGUGGAUGUUGAUUUGGAGGCCCCAUCCCGACACGCCUUUCAAAUUCUUCAUGGCGGCCGGUCUGUGGGGCGUCGGAGACGCCGUCUGGCAAACCCAAGUAAACGGUCUUUACGGUACCCUCUUCAGGCGCAACAAAGAGGCGGCUUUCUCCAACUACCGUCUUUGGGAGAGCGUGGGCUUCGUCAUCGCCUACGCCUAUUCGACGCACAUUUGCGCCCGAAUGAAGCUCUACGUGCAACUCACCGUUCUUAUAGUGGGUUUCCUGCUGUACGUCAUCGUCGAAAUCCACCAUCUCCACAAGAUCAGAAGGCAGAAGGAGAAAGAACGAAAGGCAGCCGAGGCAGCUAAAAGGAAGGAAAUCCUUCCACAGGAGCCGGAAGAGACCGACGACGAGAAGGACGAUAUCGACGACGAGAUUAUUGUUACGCAUUUGUAAAUUAGGCAUUCCAAAUAAAUCUUGUGGAUUAGCCAAAAAUUAAUGAAAGGGACCAGUAUGGAUAUUAUUGCCUCAUUUUUUAUAUGUUAUGCGAAACUGGAUGAAAAACGCAAUCAAUUUAUUCGGAUCGUAAUUGAUGUUUUGCACUGCGACGAAAAUGGAUUAUCGAUGUUGAUUGCCGAGCUCGAAUAUCUAGCCCGUUUUAGUUGAAUAUUAUGCGUGUUUUACAAAUUAGUAAAAGAUGAAGCAAUCAAUUAUUAAACUAGGAAAAAGAAAUUAAUUAUUGUAUGCGCCUAUCUAAAAAAAACCAGUUCGUUAGUGUUGAUUGUGAAACUCAUUUUAAAUUUAUUAAUUUUUUAUGCAGAAUUUUCUCGGGAAUAAAAAGUGUUAGUAUUUACACGUCCUCCAAAGUUCCUAUAUUUUUUUAAUCGCAGAUUUUAUAACUGUUAUGGCUGACCUUACUGAACAUUCUUAAUGCCAGCUAUUUAACAAAGCUUUUAAUUAAUAAGAACAUAUUACCAUAAUCAAUAGUUUUCUAUAUUAUAUAUUAAAUGCUUAAAUAACUUGUUCAAAGUCUUACAUAUUCAAGAAUUUUCAAUAUUUAAUGACUUGUUGAAAUUUUUUCAUUUUUCGCAAGCUUUUUAUUCGCGAGAAAAUGCAAAUAUUUUUGUUUCUCGAACUAUUUUAACAAUGAAUAGGGUAAAGAGAUUUCUUAAAACAAUGCUUUUUUGAGAUCUCGGAAAAUUUGUAAACUUAUUUUUGUUUCCCAACAUUAUUUAUAUAUUUUAUUUUCUGAUAAUUUUAGAUGAUGUACAGUAAUAAUAUAGAUACGUUUGUUAGAUUGUAUAAAAUAGAAAUAUAAGUAUUCAAAUUGUAUAAAUAAUCAGUAUUCCAAAAGCAAUACUAUAGAAAUAAAAAAAUUUAAAUUAUUUUUUGUUGAUGUAAUUUUUAAGUUCCUCUUCAUUUUAUUUAGAAUCAUACUGACCUAUAGUCUUGAA